AUGCACUGCCCCACGCACACGCGUGAACAGGAGCGGGAUACACAUCUGGGAAGAUGCUGCGUUGCGAAUGAGAGGCAAGGCAGAGCGGAGGAUGCUGUGGCGACAGGCGUGGUUGAAGACAUAAACAAGCCGGAGGUUCUGCAGAAAAGCUACUUAUCAGAUCGCUCAGCAGAGGCUGCGAGUCCUCACUGGUCCAGAAGAAGCCUUUCAGAAGAGGCAGAGAGGGAGAACCAGACUGCCGACACAACAAAAACAGACAUCCAUGAGUUCCCAGAGGACGUCUUCUCUAAGGAGCAGAGGAGGAGAGGGGCGGUGUUGCUCCAUGUUCUCUGCGCUGUCUACACUUUCUAUGCCCUAGCUAUCGUCUGUGAUGUCUAUUUUGUUCCUGCUCUGGAGAAAAUCUCAGAGAAUCUGCAGCUCAGUGAAGAUGUGGCAGGAGCCACCUUUAUGGCAGCAGGAAGCUCCGCCCCAGAGCUUUUCACCUCUCUCAUUGGUGUUUUCAUCACCAAAGGGGACGUGGGAGUGGGCACCAUCGUCGGCUCUGCUGUCUUCAACAUCCUCGUCAUCAUUGGAGUAUGUGGGAUCUUCGCCGGACAGACCAUCUGUUUGACGUGGUGGCCUCUCUUCCGUGACUCCAUAUUUUACAUUUUCUCAGUCCUGGCUCUGAUUAUGAUAAUAUAUGAUGAGAAAGUAAUAUGGUGGGAGACUAUCAUUCUCAUUUCUAUGUAUGGAAUUUAUAUCCUCAUCAUGAAGUUCAACAGCCAGAUCUGGAGCUGGGUGGAGCAGCGGUGUGGGGGUCCAGGAAGGGCCCAGUCGUGCCUGCUGAGCAGCCUGCGGAGGGACGGGGCCGUGGGGGAGGCAGCCAGCUCACACAGCGACACCUCCAUGAUCCUACUGAAGAAAGGCCAGAGUCCAGUGCAGGAGUCUCCGGUGGUCAUGGUGGAUGAAAUGCUGUGCCAGCACCCCCACGCCUUCUCCUUCUCUGAGGCAAGCCUCCGUAUCAUGAUCACGCCACACUUCUCCCCCCGCACGCGCCUCAGCAUGGCCGGACGCAUGCUCAUCACCGAGAGGCAGAGGUUGAUCAGGAACAGCAGCAUUGGCAGUGGGGGUGGUGGGUCAGGGGACACGCCAGGCUGCGAUGGCCCAGGAGCGGAAGCCGUUCCCUGGGCAGUGGAGAACGGGAGCACCCUGGAGAGCGAGAGGCAGCCCCUGGAGGGCUCUCGUGAGAAGGGAGGAAGGGGAGACGGAGGGCCAGAGCGGGCUCUUAACACACCCGACUCCCAGUCCAAAGAGGAUGAGGAUGAAGAGGAGGAGGAGGAAGAUGAGAAAGAACAGCCAUUUCAGCCCCUGACACUGCCGGUGGGGCGCUGCAAGCAGGCCAAGUGGCUGCUGUCCUGGCCCUUGAGCUUCCUGCUCUACUGCACCGUGCCUAACUGCGUGCUUCCACGCUGGGAGCGUUGGUUCAUGGUCACCUUUGUGAUUUCCACGCUCUGGAUCGCCAUUUUCUCCUACCUCAUGGUCUGGAUGGUCACCAUCAUCAGCGUCACUCUGAACAUCCCUGUGGUUGUCAUGGGGAUCUCGUUCCUGGCGGCGGGCACCAGUGUUCCAGACUGUAUAGCCAGCCUCAUCGUCGCCCGACAAGGUAUGGGGGACAUGGCCGUGUCCAACUCCAUCGGCAGCAACAUCUUUGACAUCCUGCUCGGCUUGGGCUUCCCUUGGUUCCUGCGCACCCUAGUGGUCAAUUACGGCUCUGUGGUCUACAUUAACAGCAAGGGGCUAGUAUACUCUGUCAUUUUGCUGCUGGCAUCUGUGUUUCUCACUGUUCUGUGUGUCCAUCUGAACCACUGGAGGCUGGACCGCCGCCUGGGUCUGGGCUUGAUGUUCCUCUACGCCAUCUUCCUCCUCUGCUCCAUCUGCUUUGAGAGGAUAGAAUAGCACUCUUCCUUCUCACCCUCUAUCACUCUCUCUUUCACU